AUGUGGGGUCACUGGACGUACGAGUGCACAGGCAAACGCAAGUACGUGCACCGAAGCUCCAGAACGCAGCAGCUCAAGAAGAAGCUCAAAGAGAAUGAAGGAAAAGACCAAGUCCGAGAAGAUGUAAGCAGGCACUGGUGGCGGGCCAAGAAGGCCGGCCACUCCGACACAGACAGCUCCGACUCGUCCGACGACUCUGACUCGGACAGCUCCAGCUCCAGCGGAGACUCCAGCUCAUCAGACGACUCGGACAGCUCCAGCUCCAGCUCUAGCUCAAGCAGUUCGAGUGAUUCAUCCAGCAAGCCGCCGGAGAAGAAGAGGAAAACGAAGAAGAAAUGA